CAUGAUGAGUUGUGUGUUAAUUUCCAAGCUGUCAGGACCUUAAUAUCCCAUUCAAACCUCUAAAACUAAUUCCCAUUCCCAUCCAUGCAUUCGUUGGAGUUGAAGCUGCGUCAAUCACACUACGCGUGCACGUAGCCAAUUCCACGAUUGUCAUGGAAGGCCAGGCCCCACCACAAAACAACAACGGCACCACCACCGUCGCCGCCUUCGACGACGCACCACCAUCGCCGUUGCCAAUACCUCCAGGCCGAGCCAACCAUGACAACAUGUACAUAGUUCAAUUCCCCAAAGAUCAAAUCUACCGUGUUCCUCCACGUGAGAAUGCAUUGAUCGUUGAACGAUACCGCAAACCAAGAAACACUAACGACAAAAACGGUGGAAGAGGUUGUUGUUGUCGUUGUCCUCGUGUUUUGCUCACCAUUGCUCUUAUCCUCUUUGCAAUCAUUGCCGUUGUUGGAAUCACGUUAGCCACUUUGUUCUUUAUUUUCAACCCAACGGGCCCCACAUUUUCUAUUACACAUUUUGACGUCAAAAAUAUUUCUAGGCCCCCACAUUAUGAAAUUUCUUUAAGGGCUAAAAAUCCUAACGAAAAAUUGGGAAUUACUUACGAAAAUUCCGAGGUUAACAUGCUUUUUGAGGGUACUAAGGUUGCAGCGGGAAAAUUUCCCAUGUUGUUGGAACAAAGACGAGAUGCUUCGACAAUGUUUAAGGUUGAUGUAAUGGGAAUGAAUAGAGCAUUGCCCAAGAAAAUGGCAAAGUCUAUGGGUGAUGCAAAAUCAAACACACCGUUGACUUUUGAUUUGGAUAUGAGACUUUGGAUAAGGAUCACGGCUGCGGAACUUAACACGUGGGUUAUGAAGUCUAAUGUUGUGUGUAGGUUUGAGGUUAACGAUCUUGGGAGCGACCCACGAAUUUUGUCACAACAAUGUGAUACAAAUUUCAGACAAUAUUGAUGGGUUUAUUAGGAUAUAUGGGGUAUGGGAUCAAUAUGUUAAUGUUCAACAAGUUAUAUUUGAUGAUGAUGGAAACAUAUAUACAUGCAUGCAUAUAUGGUUGCAACAUCAAUUAAACUUUAAAUUGAUCAUUCCUUUUGAUCUUAAUUAUUCUCUUUUACUUGGAUUUU